AUGCACGGGGCGCGCGCGUGGCGGCUCCUGGCGACGGGUCUGCUCAGUGCCGUUGUCGGUGCGACGGUCGCGUACUGUCCACAGCUGCUCGUGCCUCUCGCUCUAUCGGUCGGUCUGCCUCUGGUCAUGUACGGCAUCAUUUCGCUGCUGGAGAUGAUGAUCGUGAGCACGAAGCGCAGCUGGAGGCAGCAAAGACAGCGACACGCGCCGCGCCGUGUCUUGGAAAUGAGCCGCGCCUUGUACGAGCAGCUGGAUGGCGACAUGCUCGAGCUGCUGAUGAGCAACCGAGACUUUGGCAGCGACGACUACGAGCACCUGAUGAGGCUCGAAGCGCUCAAUGGACGUCCGAUACUCGGUGCCACGUUGCAGCAGAUUCAGCAGCUGCCCGUUGUCACUGUGACAGAGAGCAUGGUGCAAGCACCCGCGAACGCCAGUUGCACAGUGUGCCUCAGUGCUUUCCACGUCAACAGCCACGUGCGGAUCCUGCCGUGUUUCCACCGCUUCCAUCUCGAAUGCAUUGACCCGUGGCUCGCUGAGAAACCACAAUGUCCGCUGUGCAAGUUCUCGGCCCUUGUCGCAUCGGUGAGUAGGUAA